CAGCACGAGUGACACAAGAGGAAACGUUGCGCGCCAUAAGAAUAGGUUCCAUUCGCUGUGCGUCUCCGGGCCAUGACGGAAUUUUUCAAGCAACUCAAGCGCUGCGUGAGAUUGACGUCGUGCGCGUCGUGGACCGGCUGUGAGGAAACUCCAGACACUGCUGCGUGCGGACGGGAUGGACACGGCGCUCGGUAAGCUGCUGGUAUGCGGCGUCCGGAUAAGCUUGAAAAUUGACGCGAGCAGCGCCACGCUGCCAUGCCAGACAUGCGCCCAGGCGCCCAUAGUAAUACAACUGAAAUGACCUGACUAUUUAGAGUUGCCGUGAUUAUGUUGCUAGAUGAUGUGCAGAACAUCGUAAAGCAACGCAAGGACGAAUCAGCUACGCUUUCAACGCCAGUCACUUGGGAAUAUUGCGCGAUCGACCUGUAACGGUAUUUAAGCAUGGCGACCGACGCUCUCCACGUGGACCGUACGCAGUCGAAUGCAAUGAACUUGCAGGUGCUGAAGCGACAAGAUGCUGACGUGGUGGACAUUGUGGACACGGCCAGCCACGUGGUCAUGUACGAGUUCGAUCAGGACGCGCAGAGUUGGAAGCGUAAGGAUGUCGAAGGCUGCUUGUUUGUGGUCAAAAGAUCGUCCGCGCCGCGCUUCCAGAUCUUCGUCAACAACCGCUUGAGCACAACCAACAUGACGCUGCCGCUAGACGAUCGUCUUCAGGUGGACAACGUUGAUAGUUUCCUCAUCUUGCGCAGCCCUGACACGGCAUAUUCGUCGGGUUACGCGAUCUACGGCGUGUGGUUCUUCCCGGACGAAGACCGCGGCAGGAUCCUACAGUUGCUCCAACGCCUGAUUCAGUCGCUGAAGGCCCCACAGAGCGCUACCAUUCCGGAUGCUUCGCAUACGAUAGCACAGUCGCCCGUCCAGAUGCAGAAUGCGAAGCAACAGACGUCACAGCCAACGCAGCAGCAGGAACAGCAGCAGGAGCGCCCGCCGUCACAGUCGCGUAAUCGGGGACGUUCUCGCAAUAAGCGUGAAGACUCAAAGCGCCGCGGAGCGAACGCCAAUCAACCCAUAGCGAUCUUGCAGCGAUCUCCCAAGGACAAGCGUAGCAACAGCAGCAGCAGUGGCGGUAGUGCGAAUGGCUCGGCUAAGCAGGAGAAUGCCCAGGCGAGUGGUAUGCUUCCAAUCUCCAAGGCAGACGGUAUUGCGGCGGGUGAGGCCAUCAUGGGCAUGAUCUCGCAGAACCGACCUCAACAGCAGCACAAGCAGCCAGCUUCGCCUGUGAACAAGGAGCAACUUAAGCAGACGCUGAUCGGCCUUCUGGACGACACUCAGUUCUUCGACCAGAUCUACCACGCGUAUGUGAACCGUGUGUCGAACCGAGGAUGAUACUGUGAGUGACAAUUGGGCGUAGAUACAAGUAGCGUAGGCAACGAUGGCUGCCAUUGAUGGUCGUUGAUUUAGAACUUGAGCUGACACCCCACCCACCUCCACGAGUUUUUAAGGGGGUGGUUUGGUGCGCACGCAGAGAUCCGUCUAACCCACACACACACUCAUUAACAUGGGAUCACGUUUGC